AGUGAGAAAAUGGCAUUCGAGAAGAUCAAGGUCGCCAACCCCGUAGUUGAGAUGGAUGGAGAUGAGAUGACUCGUGUCUUGUGGAAAUCAAUAAAGGACAAACUUAUUUUCCCCUUUCUGGAGUUGGACAUUAAGUACUUCGACCUUGGCCUUCCUAAUCGUGAUGCUACUGAUGACAAAGUUACUAUUGAAAGUGUAGAAGAUACUCUUAAGUACAAUGUAGCAAUCAAGUGUGCAACUAUUACCCCAGAUGAAGCUCGUAUGAGGGAAUUCAAUUUGAAGCAUAUGUGGAAGAGUCCUAAUGGACCAAUUAGGAACAUUCUAAAUGGAACUUUUCAUCUCUAUCACAACAGAGCAACUGACACAGUCAUCAAAGGACCUGGGAAACUCAAAUUGGUAUUUGGUGCUAACACGUGUGAUGUCCAGAAGGAAAAGAUGAAAGGACAGAGCUGGAGGUUUUCAACUUUACUGGUGCUGGAGGCGUGGCUUUGUCCAUGUACAACAUUGAUGAGUUUGAGGUUGCAAAUCCUUUUGUGGAAUGUUGAAGUAACUUUCUAUCCUUCACACCUUUUGAUUGUUGACCUUAUGCUUAUUCCCUUUCUGAAAAGAUUCAAGCACACAUUUCAGGAAGUGUACGAAACCAAUUGGAAAUCAAAGUUUGAGGCCACUGGAAUUUGGUAUGAACACCGCCUCAUUGAUGAUAUGAUUGCUUAUGCUCUUACGAGUGAAGGAGGUUAUGUUUGGACUUGCAAAAACUGUGAUGGGGAUAUGCAGAGUGAUUUCUUAGCCCAAGGGUUUGGACCUCUUGGUUUGAUGACAUCAGUUCUGAUGUGCCCUGAUGGCAAGACUGUAGAAGCCGAAGCAGCCCAUGGCACUGUUACUCGCCAUUACAGGGUUCACCAGAAAGGUGGUGAAACAAGCACAAACAGUAUUGCUUCAGUUUUUGCGUGGUCUCGAGGGCUUGCACACGGCUUGUAUUGGAGCCGUGGAGUCUGGGAAGAUGACCAAGGAUCUUGCACUUAUAAUCCAUGGACCCAAGGACAGUAUCUGAAUACCGAAGAGUUCAUUGAUGCUGUUGUAAGUGAGCUGAGAGCAAAACUUGGUUGCUCAGCAUAA